GCAUGGAGUGCUUGCCCAGAUUGGGUGACGUUCUUUUUAUGUGACGUUGUACGAUAGGACCCGUGAGAAGAACUGCACGAGCCCUUGACGAUCCUCGCAUGACUUGCCCCGUUCACGGAUUUGAGGCUCCCAAAGGCGUGGAGUGACCAUGGCGACCCCUUCUGGCAUCCAGUUUUGGAAUCAUUAUUAUACUGUAGUCAUUCUAACACACUGGGUGACAUGAAUCCAAUGCUUCUGUCCUAGAAGAACGGACAAAACUUCAAUGGCUGAGUUAAAGGUAUGUGUGAUGUGCAAGACGACCGAAACAUGCGAAAGACAAACCAUACUGUGAAACAAGUGUUGAUUGUUACAAUACGGCGGGGUGCGGGCUGCUUGCUUCUCAGGUACCACAAGGGUUGCUGGCAGAAUUCUUAUUGGUUUCAAGCGCGCAUUCUCAAUAUCCAUGGAGAAGGUCAACUUGCUGCCCCGGCGCAAGCUGAUAUCCUUGUCUUGGAUGAAGAUACAUGGCCCAACAACAUCCCCUCCUCAUUGCGUGGCGGAAAAGGCCUCUCUUUGUUGAAGUACUUCAUCCAAGCGGACCGCCAUCGGCGCGGGCGGAAGUGGUGGAAGACCAUGAUUGCGAUGGUCUUUCUGCCCGUGCAUUCCGUCUUGGUGUCGACCCUGGUGCAGAAGAUCUUGGUGGAUCAUGUCAUCGGCCGUAUCAUCGGCUCUGACCCUGCCUGGGGAUAUGCGCAAUGUCUGAUUCUGGUCUUAGUUCAGCUCCUCUCCCUGGGUCUGAACCGCUGGGCCGACGUGGUGCAGACGCGGAACCGCGGCCGCACGGGCGGGAUUCGACAGGUGCACCGCUCCGAGAUGAUCCGGAAAUUCAUGCACCUGGAGCGCUCAGAGUCUUUUGGCAAGGAUCUGGGGAGA